CAGCUUGUUCCUUCAGUUGCAGAUGCAAUAUUGGUCCUCGGACAAGGAAGCAUAUUCGCUUAUACAAUUUCGUAGUUCCUGGGUGUUUGAUCUUUCUGUAGUAAGCAGGGCUGUUUCCAAAAAGAAUUAUAGCCAUGGCCCGACUUCCGUUGACAAUGAUUCAACAUAUCCGGAAGAAGAAAGCUAUUUUAGUAUAUACACUAUGGAUGCGAAUGAUUUUAUCGUUCAAUGCUGUUUUUCAUCUUAUGUUUCUCUCCCAAUUGACGAGAAAAACUUUGAGAGAGCGAUACACGAUUUUUAAGAUGGAGCGAAAUCAAUAUAUACAUAGGCUGAUUCAUGAAGGCCCUGCUAGCUGUGUUGAAAAUCUUCGAAUGGAUAAAAGAUCGUUUUAUAAGUUGUGUUUCUUGUUGGAGUCAAGGGGUUAUGUGCAACAAAGUAGGCAUGUUAACGUGGUAGAAAAAGUUGCUAUGUUUAUUUAUAUUCUAGGACACCACACAAAAAUGCGAAUUGUUCACACAGAUUUUCAAUGAUCAAAACAAUCAAUUACUAGGUAUUUUCAUGCGGUACUCAAUGGGGUUUUAAGGUUGCAAGGAGAUUAUUUUAAAAAACCUGAACCAAUUCAAAGCAACUCAACGGAUAAAACAUGGAAGCAUUUUAAGAACUGUUUGGGAGCUUUGGAUGGGACACACAUUAAGAUGACCAUACCCGUAGAAGAUAGGCCAAAGUACAGAAAUAGGAGAGGUGAAAUUACAACAAAUGUUCUUGGAGCUUGUUCACCUAAUUUGCAAUUUCAGUACGUGUUGACGGGUUGGGAAGGAUCAGCCGCAGAUGGAAGAGUCUUAAGAGAUGCUAUAUAUAGACAUAAAUUGAUUGUCCCAACCGGUACUUAUUAUCUAGUUGAUGCUGGUUAUACUAAUGGGGAAGGUUUUUUGGCACCAUUUAGAGGAGAAAGAUAUCAUUUGAAUGAUUGGGAUGACGAUAAUCAGCCCACAUCUGCCCGUGAAUAUUACAAUAUGAUGCACUCGUCAGCUAGGAAUGUAAUUGAGAGAUGUUUUGGCAUCCUAAAGAAGAGAUGGGCGAUCCUUAGAAGCCCAUCAUUUUAUCCCGUGAAGACACAAAAUAGGAUCGUCUUAGCUUCUUGUAUCCUUCAUAAUUACAUUCGGAUUGAAUCAGAAUUUGAUCAAGCUGAAAUUGAGUUUGAUCAGCAUGGGCCAGAGGACCAUCAUGAGCAAAAUGAGCAUGAGGCAGACGAAGAUCACAUCACAACUGUUGGCACUUCAGAUGCAUGGACGACAUUUAGAAACAACCUAGCCGACUCGAUGUUUAUUAGUUGGAAUCAUUAGAUUUUUCUAUAAUCU